AUGGAGCCGCCGCCUUUCACUCCCCUCAAACAGUUUGACGUGCAAUCGAUAAACCUGAAUGAGGUGCCGGGGGAUGGUUAUGAUUUUCUCAAGCAUGUGAUUGUUGAACGUCUUCAUUGUCCGGAAACCGUGGUUACCGACAAGGACUUCAGCCAGUACGAUACGAAUCAAACCAUAUGGUGUGACCAAUUCUUAGAAAAGUUUCCGCACAGUGACAACGAUCGCCGGCUGGUCCCGUCAGAAAUCUGGCAGCAGGGAGCUUCGUUGUCGCAACAAGACAAAAAUAUCUUGCACCGCUUCAUCAGUACUCCUCCAUUGAUUUCCAUUGUUAUUCGACUUACGGAAAGAUCCGUUUAUCGAGCGCUUGAAUAUCUGAUAACUGAAUUUAUCGACAGCGGCUAUGAAUACGAACGCGCGCAUUGGAUGUUUGCCCUGAUGUGUUGUAUCGGUGUUCCGCUCCAACAUUCCACGUGUGCUGCUUUGCGGGAGCUCGCCAGAUCGUGUCGAAAGUUAAGACGCACCUGCGAAUGUGCUGACUGCGAAAUCGCUCGCGCAUGCAGUGUGUUUAUUUGUUUGUCGGCUCGGUAUUUCGGUCAGCUGGAUUUGGCUGACUCGCUCGUUUCAUAG